AUGUGCGAGUUGGUGGCCCGUACGGGUCGGCAUCAGCAGCGAUACGAGGCCGGUUGUCGUCUUGUUGCCGGGUGUAUACCAUUUAAGUAUAAAGAUUCGGAAGAAAGUAGUGAUGUGAAGUCGGAGAGAAUUGUUGAGGUGCUUAUGAUCAACUCUCCUAGUGGACCAGGUCUUUUGUUUCCGAAGGGAGGCUGGGAGAACGACGAAACUGUUGAGGAGGCAGCAGUUAGGGAAGCUAUUGAAGAAGCUGGAGUUCGAGGGGUCUUAAUGGGAUUUCUUGGGUACUACCACUUCAAGAGCAAAACACAUCAGGAUGAGUUUUGUCCUGAAGGUUUAUGUAAAGCUGCAAUGUUUGCUUUGCUCGUCAAGGAAGAGCUUGGUUCAUGGCCAGAACAGAGCACCCGAAGUAGAAAAUGGCUAACUAUACCUGAAGCAGUAGAGAGUUGCCGGCAUCCAUGGAUGAGAGAUGCUCUAGUACAAGGUUUCUCCAAGUGGCAUGACGAGAAGAUAAAUACUGGGGGAGAAUUGCCAGAUCAAGAUUGAAUUGGGCAGUGGACAAGUGAAAGUGUGCUUGGUAAGUGUAUGCUGACAAGCUAGUAUCUGUCUGAACUAUUCUGGCCAAGUUUUUCUUUCACUUGUUCAUCAAUUGUUCUGGCACUGAGACUGCUCUUUCACAUGUUCAAUUAGUACCUUGCAUUAUUGAAUUUUUUUGCUUCAUUCUUGUUAUAUAGGCAUCCUGUUACUG